GCCCGCAUUCCAAACAAGUCCAUUUACAAACUCUAAGCCUCCUCUAUGAGCACCAAGUAGACACUCUCUUUGCUAUGUUUUGGCACAAAGAGCCAGACAUCAAGUACUACGUGUGCACAAUCAACAAGACAUUUGCCAAACCAGGCCAGCGCAUGUAUUUUCAGGUUAACUAUACUGAAGAGAACUUGCAGGACUACAUUGAUCCAAACAAUGAUACACUCAUUGUCAGACUUGCAGACGGCCAUCUGCUCGCCGAAUGUUGCAUCAUGCUAGGAAUUGACAAAAGGGCCACUAUAACCACCAAUUGGCCUGAGUUUCGUCGUCGCGCCAACAUUUGCGAGGUUCCAAAUUGGAGAUUUCCUACAAUUAGCAGUGGUGAUGGUGGUGGGAGCAUUUUCACUAUAUCAAGGAGGAAUUUAAGAACUUGGUUCCAUGUCUGCGCUGUCACUGGGGACCGGAGCACCCGCGACGUCUUCAGUGCAAAUUUCCCAAGCGAUUACACAGAACUCAUAGUGCAGGCUAAAGAAGCUACAGAAUCAGCUUUUAAGGAUGGAAAACAGCUAUUGGAAAUAGAGUUUCCUACAGCAGGACUACAAUCUGUACCAGGCGAUGGCGAAGGUGGAAUCGAGAUGACAGGAAGCAUGCUUCUCAUUAGAGAAUUUUGCGAUCGCUUCGUACCUGCAGAGAAAGUUACCAGGACCAGAAUUUUCUUCCCUGAGGCAAAAGAGGUUACUUUUGCGAGACAGUCAACUUUUGAAGGGUGUUCAUUGAAAUUAGAUUACCUAACAAAACCAUCCUUAUUCGAAGAUUUUGGUUUUACGACGAAGGUCAAAAUGGCAGACCGUGUGCGGCCUGAAGACGAGAUAUUCCUUGUGGCCUAUCCCUAUUUCAAUGUCAAUGAAAUGCUUGUGGUGGAAGAGCUUUACAAGGAAGCAGUUCUUAAUACAGAACGGAAAAUGAUUAUCUUCAAUGGAGAACUAGAUCGGAUAAGAAGUGGAUAUUACCCGCCCUUUUUCUAUCCAAAGUUGGGUGAACUUUCCAAGACCUUUCUUCCGAAACUGGAGACCAUUUACUAUAUUCACAAUUUUAAAGGAUCCAAAGGGGGAGCACUUUUCAGGUGUUACCCUGGCCCUUGGAAGGUGCUGAGAAAAGUAGGUGGCAGCUUUGUCUGUUUACAUGAACAAGAGGAGAUGCCAUCACUGAAAGAAGUGGCCCUCAACAUACUUCCUUCUGCCUGAAAACUUCCUGGAGUUACCUCUCAGAGAAAAGGGAAAAAAUAAAUAUCCUAAAGAAAACGGGGGAAAAUGAAGCUUUCAGUAAUCAUCCGAGGGAAGCAAAAGUCUGCAAGAGUUCUUUCCCAAAUGUAUAUGCUCUAGAGAUUCAUCAUGGUCUUGUUGUGGAGGACAUAAAAUUUAGGUGGAUAGGGAAUAGUUGAUUGGGGAACGCAUGUAUCUCCAGUAGGCGCAACACUCAUGCCAGGUCAGCUUGUCCUAUCUUGGAAUACUAUGGUGGACCAGAUGAAUGGCCUGACGCACCUGUGGGGAAUUGGAAAAGAAGAACUCAUCAAUUAUAGAUUUUUUUUCCUGGGGCUUAAACUUGGUACCUUAUGGUGGUUAUGAUAUCAUGGAAUUAAUAAGAAAUCUUAAAUGCCAUCCUUGUGUA